AUGGAUCACAGCUCUAUGAGCAGUUCCUCGGCGGACUGCAAGAUGUCCAUGCUGUGGAACUGGUACACAGUUGACGCUUGCUUCCUUGCCGAAUCGUGGCAGAUCAAAAAUGCCGGCAUGUUCGCUGCCAGCUGUAUCGGCGUCGGUCUCCUCACUGUUUUCCUCGAAGUCUUUCGCAGACUGGGCAAAGAAUACGAUGCCCUCAUUCAACGCCAAUUCCGAGCACGCGCUGCUGAGCUGCAAGCUCGCAUCCCGAAAGAAACCAAUUGCUGCGACCCUCCCGCCGUCGUGGCGCCUCAGACGCUCGUCUUCCGCGCAUCCCCCCUGCAACAAUUUAUUCGCUCAAUAAUUCACGCCGCCACCUUCGGCCUGGCCUACAUCGUCAUGUUGCUGGCAAUGUAUUACAAUGGAUACCUCAUCAUCUCAAUCAUCAUCGGAGCCGGCCUGGGCAAGUUCCUGUGCGACUGGCUUGUCUGCCGCAUCACCCUCGACGCACCAACAGCACCAGGUCCAAAGGCUCCAGGCAUUGAGGAGCCAAGUGUGUGCUGUGGCUGA